CUCCUUCUCGUCAACUGCGCGAUUUUCGCCCCUGAGAGCUCCAUCACCUUGACCGGAUCGAUUCGUACUGCGUGAAUCAUGCUUGCGCCGUACUGAGCUCCCCUCAAUCCGUUCGUCGAAGUGUCAAGCGACAGGGAGAAGCGCAAUCGCGAGAAAAAAAAUAGGAAUAGCAAUCACCUCCUAUUUGUGUCAAUGAGUUCCUGAGCCAUUGACCUCCCUGUUCUGAUGCCAUACACCCCGCUCUCCGACUUCACGUUUGUCACCCACCCGCCCCAUCACAGCUAAGCAUCGCAUCCUGUGAUGCUGUCCUCAACCGACGCAGGCUCUCGCCAUGAGAGCCAUCAUACGGAGAACGCAGCAACCGCUUCUACAAGCUCCCCAGGGCGAGCCUCAGAUCGCACCGAUCGCAAAACAACCGUGCCAAAAGUAUCCAACAACAAUGCGCAAAAUUUUUUGAAUGGCUUGGAAGGGGACUUCAAAUUGAAACACUUGGGUCUUCUCGGAGUGCUUGUGUGGUUUCUGUUUCUGCACGUCGUGGGGAUAUUCUUCUUCACCAAAGGAUUUUUGUUAACUCGCAUGGUGCUGGAAAAUAAGUCUUCAUGCGAUGUGCUUCCCUUAGCCGAUACAAGUGUCAAGAAAAGUGACGGGUGUUGGCAUAAGAAGUCAUUUGACAAGGCCGUCGUUCUCAUCAUCGAUGCCCUGAGGUAUGAUUUCACGGUUCCUUUUACCUCGGAUGUGGACGCGGAAUCAGACCCCCUAUUCUAUAAUAACAUUCCCGUCCUCUACGAGACAGCCGUGAACACACCGGAAAACGCCUUUUUGCUUCCGUUCAUUGCUGACCCGCCAACAACCACGCUACAGCGGCUGAAAGGACUGACAACCGGAACACUGCCAACUUUUGUUGAUGCUGGGUCCAACUUUGCUGGAACAGCCAUUGACGAGGAUAACAUUAUUGCUCAGCUUCGCGCGGCCGGGAAGACUCUGGUGCAGUUGGGUGAUGAUACAUGGCAGUCACUCUUCCCCGACUACUUCGAUGCGAAUCUGACACGUCCUUAUGAUUCAUUCAAUGUUUGGGACCUGCAUACUGUCGACAACGGCGUGACGGAGCAUCUCCUUCCGCUUCUACAUCCUGCUAAUGCCACAAAAUGGGACGUUGUCUUCGGGCACUAUCUUGGAGUCGACCAUGCGGGCCACCGCUACGGACCCAACCACCCAGCAAUGGCUGCGAAGCUUCAACAAAUGGACAAGCUGAUCCGCGAUGUGAUGGCAAAGCUGGACGACAAAACUCUUCUGGUAGUCAUGGGCGACCACGGCAUGGAUCAAAAGGGCGACCACGGCGGCGAGUCGGAUGAUGAAGUAAAUGCCGCAUUGUGGAUGUAUUCGAAGAAGGGCAUAUUUGGACGGACUAGCGAAGAGAAUGUAAAGCCGCCCGCGCAAGCUAGCAACCGCUUCAUUCCGCAGGUCGAUCUUGUGCCUACGCUGUCUCUUCUUCUCGGAAUACCCAUCCCUUUCAACAAUCUUGGUUCGCCUAUUGAGGAAGCAUUUGUCGGGCCCAAUGGCAACAACUGGAAGAACCUAAUGACUGUCAACCGCCUGACUUCGGCGCAGAUCAAACGCUAUCAGCAAGAGUAUGCAUCGGUACGCGGGGCGGAAGAAGGGAACAGCCUUCAGUCAAUUGAGCUGUGGAAUGCAGCAGAGAACGACUGGCAGAACAUCCCCUGGGUCGGCAAAUCCAAUCCCUCUACGUUGCGACCGGUCUACGACUCGUAUAGGCACUACCAGCGGAACACCCUCCAAGUCUGUCGCAGCCUCUGGGCCAAAUUUGACGAGUGGAGUAUGGCCCAGGGUAUCGCUAUUCUGCUUGCCGCAAUCGUCUUGCUGGUGUUUUAUGCACGUGGAAUCAGGACGGGGCAGACAGUACUCAAUAACGCUCUGCUUACCUCAGUUGGAGCAGGCACUGGCGUGGGUGCCAUCAGUGGCGCUCUGCUCGUGCUUAUAGGCGUGGUCGCUGGUCCGCUGAUCGAGGAAUCAGUCUUAUUUGCAGCCACAGGAGGAAUUCUCAGCGCUUCAUGGUCAUUGUUCUCCCGCCCCCAGCAACUCACAGUGCCUCUGCCUAAGACAUUGUGGGGCUGGCUUGCUAUUGUCUUCACUGUCGCACAGUCCGUCGGCUUUGCUUCUAAUUCUUACACUAUCUGGGAAGAUGAAAUACUCUUGUUCCUCCUUUCGACUUUUGGUGUUCUCGCUGGUGUAUCUUCAAUGCGUCAGAAAUUGACUGCAGACCGGGUCUUGGGCGUCUAUCAUUCCAUUCUCUUCGUCAUCUUGGGAAGAGUGGCAUCUAUGUCUCGCCUGUGUCGUGAAGAGCAAAUGCCAUUCUGUCGUUCAACCUACUAUUCUUCGGCAACGUCUUCAACCUCCGCCCCUUGGCAGCUCAUCAUCCCCCUGAUCUUGGCCUUUGUACUCCCGACUGUUGUGAAGUCCUUUUACGCAGGUUCGAAAUCGUAUCAAGGUGCCGCCCCUCUCUGGAUCGGGUCUGCGUUCCGACUGGGGCUAUUUUUGGUUGCUGUCUUCUGGGUGCUCGAGGGUGCUGACGAUGGUGAGUGGCUGCCCGUGAGCAAGGAGACAUUGAAGUCAAGCCGGGUCUUCCUGGCUCAGCUUGUCCUAGCUCUGGCUUUUGUCGCAGGCACGACAGCUUUCAUCUACACAAAGCCGUGCAUCAGCAUCAACGUCAGCCAGGGCAACAACGACCCUGAAGCCAAGGGAAAAACACCCUCGUUCUCGUCAGCGGGGAGAACGACCGUCACAAUCUUGGGUUUCGGCAACGUCUACGGAACACGGUACUUCCUCUUGGUCGUCAACUUCUGCCUGGGUAUCAUCCUUAUGCAGAAGCCCAUGGGCCAGGGCGCGAUGGGGCUGCUGCUCUGGCAGAUCCUCUCCUUGCUCGAAAUCCUCGACACCAACGGCUUGGUGACUACCAACUCGUCGAUCGGACCGAUCAUCUUGGCAGUUCUAGGGUCAUUCUACUAUUUUAAGACGGGUCACCAAGCCACGUUGAGCAGCAUCCAGUGGGAGUCCGCUUUCAUUCCGCUGUCCUCGGUGCAGUACCCUUGGUCCCCGAUCCUCGUCGUUCUCAACACCUUCGGUCCCCAGAUCCUCACCGCGGUCGCCGUUCCCCUGACCGUCCUGUGGAAGCGACCUCUGCAACUCAGCGAGGAAGCCACGUCGACAAGCAAGGCGAGCAACCCAGCGAUCCGCAUCCUCUCCGACGCCAUCCAGGCGGCGAGCACCUACAUCCUGUAUUUCGCCACCAUCAACGUAGCAACCACGAUGUGGGCCGGCCAUCUGCGCCGUCACCUCAUGUUGUAUCGGAUCUUCAGCCCCCGCUUCAUGAUGGGCGCCGCUGUGCUGAGUGUCGUCGACAUUGUCCUUAUCUUGUUCUCCGUGGCCGGUGUGCGGUGGAGCAUACUCAGCGUUGGCGACAUCUUUGGGUGGUAG